CUGCAGCUCACCUCUCCGCCCCCGGGGGACAGGCCGAACCGGCCUUCUCCCGGUCUCUAGUAGUUUCCCGCUGACGCAUGCCUGCGCGCACAGCUGGUCCGGCGCGUCCUCCGCAGCAGCCGCGAGCGGGGCUGCGGGUGCCAGACGGUUCCGGCGGGGACAGGGGCGGGGCGCCGCAGGAGGCCGGGGAUCUCGGCGGAGGAGCCCCAAGGAGGCCAGCCUGACUACUGACGAGUUGCCAUGGCAUCCUACUACGAGAUCCUAGACGUGCCGCGAAGUGCGUCCGCUGAUGACAUCAAGAAGGCGUAUCGGCGGAAGGCUCUCCAGUGGCACCCAGACAAGAACCCAGAUAAUAAAGAGUUUGCUGAGAAGAAGUUUAAGGAGGUGGCUGAGGCUUAUGAAGUGCUGUCUGACCAGCAUAAGCGGGAGAUCUACGACCGCUAUGGCCGGGAAGGGCUGACGGGGGCAGGCACUGGCCCAUCUCAGGCAGAAGCUGGUGGUGGUGGACCUGGCUUUACCUUCACCUUUCGCAGCCCUGAGGAGGUCUUCCAGGAGUUCUUUGGAAGUGGAGACCCUUUUGCAGAGCUCUUUGAUGACCUGGGCCCCUUCUCAGAGCUUCAGAACCGGGGUUCCCGACACUCGGGCCCCUUCUUUUCCUUCUCCUCCUCCUUCCCUGGGCACUCCGAUUUCUCCUCCUCAUCUUUCUCCUUCAGUCCUGGGGCUGGUGCUUUUCGUUCUGUUUCUACAUCUACCACCUUUGUCCAAGGGCACCGCAUCACAACACGCAGAAUCAUGGAGAAUGGACAGGAACGGGUUGAAGUGGAGGAGGACGGGCAGCUGAAGUCCAUCACAAUCAAUGGUGUCCCAGAUGACCUGGCGCUGGGCUUGGAAUUGAGCCGACGUGAGCAGCAACAGUCAGUGACUUCCAGGUCCGAGGGUACUCAGGCCCGACAGACCCCUGUCUCACGCCCCUUGGACAGCGAUCUCUCUGAGGAUGAAGACCUGCAGCUUGCCAUGGCCUACAGUCUGUCAGAGAUGGAGGCGGCUGGGAAGAAACCGGCAGGUGGGCGGGAGGCGCAGCGACGACAGCAGGGGCGGUCCAAGACUCAGCGCCAAGAUCCGGGCACGGGGGGAAACCAGCAGGGUGCAAGGGGUGAGGCAGCCAAACCCAGCCCAUCCCCAGAGGAGAAGGCCUCUCGCUGCCUCAUUCUCUGAACAGGAGUCCCAGCCUGACCCCGACGGGGUCUUGGCUGGGAGUCUGGCCACUGCCGGGAGAGCAGAGAGGAGUGUGACUGAGGUGCAGGAGUCCGUUUCUAACACUACGCUCCCUCCACAGGUUUCCCUCCCAGGCCCACCUGCACUCCAGUGUGGACUUGGGACUUGCUGUGCUCAGCCUAGGGCUGAUAGGUCCCUGGGUGAAGCCCAGGGUUGGGGGGCAUCAGGGCAGUGGAAGGGCCUGAGGAACCAGGAUGCACUUAUUGGAUGGGGAGUUCCCGAGGGGCAUUAGUGGUUUGAGUUGGGCCUUCUGUGCCCAGGUCCUUUGCCACCUGUGUUGCUGAUGGUGCCGAGGAAGGAGGACUUGGCCUGCAUGCUCUGAACCCAAGCUGGCAGCUACACUGAGAAGCAGUGUAGGCUGAGUGAUGUCUCCCACUCUCCGUGUCCAGCUGCAAACCCCUCUGCCCUGGCUUCUGUGCUGCGUUGAGUUCUGACUGUUACUUCCCUUCUGGUGCUGUUCCUCCUUCCUCCUACUCCUCUCUCAGCAAUUCCCUGUGGGCCACAUUGCUUGCAUUCACUGCUAUCUGGCUGGGACUCCCUUCUCCUUUCUUCCCCAAGAAGGCCUCAGUGUGGCAAGGAAGAUGCUGGGGCCGGUAGGGCCAUGAGGUCUUCUGGGGAGGCUAGCUGGGUGAGGCGGGGGCCUCUCAGCUGUCUAGAUUCAGAACCGGAGUCCACUCCUCCUCCCUUCCUCUUGCUGCCUCAGCCUGCCCCAGCCUCAGGACGAGGCAGAGGCAAGGCUGGCUAACUCUGAAGAGGUGGGAUAGGGCCAGGGUGACCCAGGAGGGAGGUCUAAGAGGGGACUGUACCCUGUACUCCUUCCCCACCAUGCAUCAGGACUCAGGGAGAGGCUACUCGGCCAGCCCAGGUCUGCAUGCUUGGCUUCAUCCUCCACAGCUUGCUGCUGACCCUCUCUCCUGUCACCCGCUCCCGCUCUCUCCCCAGAUGUGUUCUGAGCUGGAUGUCCGGGAUCCCGAGUUGCCGCACAGUUCCAACAGGACAGCGCCCUCCUCCAUGCGCUGGGAGGGGACUCUCUACUCCUCUCCCGCCCAUGCUAAGUGUAGAGCUGGGGCCUGGGUGGUGGGUGGGGCCCAGGUAGGAGGUGUCAGUAGUCUUAGCCUAUGCACUCUCUUCCUUGGGUGUUUGGUGUUGACUCUUGGGGACUACAAAUCCCAGAGUGCAAUGCACCCGACCUCGUUUCUGAUAGAUCACGCUUGGGGAAAGUGAUGCGUGGUUAUGGAGCUGUGCAUCUUGGGACAUGUAGUUCCAGCCCAGGUUGGCCUGCCACUCGCUGUGAGACAGGGAGAUCUUUUGGUUUAUCCCUGGAGGGUUGGCGAGGACAUGGAUGAAGGGGGAGUGAUCCGAGCCUUGGUUCCCCUGACAUGCCUUGCUAGCCCUAGGGUUAGAGUGGGCAAAGCAAAGCCCUGGAACAUCUGAGAGAGGCCCUUUUCCGGGGGUGGGGGGCAGCCUGGGGCCAAGGAACAAACCAGGCAGUUAGCUGGGCGUAGCACCAUAAAGCUGAUGGGUGUGGGCUGGUGGAUCUUGGAAGGGAAGGCCACCCUCGCCCUCGGGGGCUGUGUGUAUGUGGCCGGGACUGGCGUGUGAUGGGAGCUCCGGGCAUGCUGCUGCUUGUUUGGCUUUCUUUGGCCUCUGACCCUGCUGCCCAUUCUUUCUCUCCAACAUCACAGACAAGUCACUUCUCCUCCUCCCUGCCUGGGGAGCCCAGUGGCCAGAGAGGGGAGUGGUUGAGCCAGCCUGUGUAACACUGAGAUUCAGAGACCUAACAGAGUCAGCUGGGCUGAGCUCAGACUGAGAGGGAAACACUGGAAGACAAUAAAGCUGAGUUUUGAGAGCUCA